AUGGACGUGGACGUGGACGUGGACGUGGACGUGGACGUGGACUGGACGUGGACGUGGACGUGGACGUGGACGUGGACAUGGACAUGGACGUGGACGUGGACGUGGACGUGGACGUGGACGUGGACGUGGACAUGGACGUGGACGUGGACGUGGACGUGGACAUGGACGUGGACGUGGACGUGGACGUGGACGUGGACGUGGGACGUGGACGUGGACGUGGACGUGGACGUGGACGUGGACGUGGACGUGGACGUGGACAUGGACGUGGACGUGGACAUGGACGUGGACAUGGACGUGGACGUGGACAUGGACGUGGACGUGGACAUGGACGUGGACGUGGACGUGGACGUGGACGUGGACGUGGACAUGGACGUGGACGUGGACGUGGACGUGGACGUGGACGUGGACGUGGACGUGGACGUGGACGUGGACGUGGACGUGGACGUGGACGUGGACAUGGACGUGGACGUGGACGUGGACGUGGACGUGGACGUGGACAUGGACGUGGACGUGGACGUGGACGUGGACGUGGACGUGGACAUGGACGUGGACGUGGACGUGGACGUGGACGUGGACGUGGACGUGGACAUGGACGUGGACAUGGACGUGGACGUGGACAUGGACGGGACGUGGACGUGGACGGACGUGGAACGUGGACGUGGACGUGGACGUGGACGUGGACGUGUGGACGUGGACGUGGACGUGGACGUGGACGUGGACGUGGACGUGGACGUGGACAUGGACGUGGACGUGGACGUGGACGUGGACGUGGACGUGGACAUGGACGUGGACUGGACGUGGACAUGGACGUGGACGUGGACGUGGACGUGGACGUGGACGUGGACGUGGACGUGGACGUGGACAUGGACGUGGACGUGGACGUGGACGUGGACGUGGACAUGGACGUGGACGUGGACGUGGACGUGGACAUGGACGUGGACGUGGACGUGGACGUGGACGUGGACGUGGACGUGGACGUGGACGUGGACGUGGACGUGGACGUGGACGUGGACGUGGACGUGGACAUGGACGUGGACAUGGGACGUGGACGUGGACGUGGACGUGGACGUGGACGUGGACAUGGACGUGGACGUGGACGUGGACGUGGACGUGGACGUGGACGUGGACGUGGACAUGGACGUGGACAUGGACGUGGACGUGGACGUGGACGUGGACGUGGACGGGACGUGGACAUGGACGUGGACGUGGACGUGGACGUGGACGUGGACGUGGACGUGGACAUGGACGUGGACAUGGACGUGGACAUGGACGUGGACGUGGACGUGGACGUGGACAUGGACGUGGACGUGGACGUGGACGUGGACGUGGACGUGGACGUGGACGUGGACGGACUGGACGUGGACGUGGAGUGGACGUGGAAUGGACGUGGACAUGGACGUGGACGUGGACGUGGACGUGGACGUGGACGUGGACGUGGACGUGGACGUGGACGUGGACGUGGACGUGGACGUGGACGUGGACGUGGACAUGGACGUGGACGUGGACGUGGACGUGGACGUGGACGUGGACGUGGACAUGGACGUGGACGUGGACGUGGACGUGGACGUGGACGUGGACGUGGACGUGGACAUGGACGUGGACGUGGACGUGGACAUGGACGUGGACGUGGACGUGGACGUGGACGUGGACGUGGACGUGGACGUGGACGUGGACGUGGACGUGGACGUGGACGUGGACAUGGACGUGGACAUGGACGUGGACGUGGACGUGGACAUGGACGUGGACGUGGACGUGGACGUGGACGUGGACGUGGACGUGGACGUGGACAUGGACGUGGACGUGGACGUGGACGUGGACAUGGACGUGGACGUGGACAUGGACGUGGACGUGGACGUGGACGUGGACGUGGACGUGGACAUGGACGUGGACGUGGACGUGGACAUGGACGUGGACAUGGACGUGGACGUGGACAUGGACGUGGACAUGGACGUGGACGUGGACAUGGACGUGGACGUGGACGUGGACGUGGACAUGGACGUGGACGGGACGUGGACAUGGACGUGGACGUGGACGUGGACGUGGACGUGGACGUGGACGUGGACGUGGACGUGGACAUGGACGUGGACAUGGGGUGGGGUGGACGUGGACGUGGACGUGGACAUGGACGUGGACGUGGACGUGGACGUGGACGUGGACGUGGACAUGGGGGACGUGGACGUGGACGUGGGGGACGUGGACAUGGACGUGGACGUGGACGUGGACGUGGACGUGGACGUGGACGUGGACGUGAACGUGGACGUGGACGUGGACGUGGACAUGGACGUGGACGGACGUGGACGUGGACGUGGACGUGGACGUGGACGUGGACGUGGACGUGGACAUGGACGUGGACGUGGACUGGCCGUGGACGUGGACGUGGACGUGGACGUGGACGUGGACAUGGACGUGGACGUGGACGUGGACGUGGACAUGGACGUGGACGUGGACAUGGACGUGGACGUGGACGACGUGGACGUGGACGUGGACGUGGACGUGGACGUGGACGUGGACAUGGACGUGGACGUGGACGUGGACGUGGACGUGGACGUGGACAUGGACGUGUGGACGUGGACAUGGACUGGACUGGACGUGGACGUGGACGUGGACGUGGACGUGGACGUGGACGGACGUGGACGUGGACGUGGACGUGGACGUGGACUGGACGUGGACGUGGACGUGGGACGUGGACGUGGACGUGGACGUGGACAUGGACGUGGACGUGGACAUGGACGUGGACGUGGACAUGGACGUGGACGUGGACGUGGACGUGGACGUGGACGUGGACGUGGACGUGGACGUGGGGUGGACGUGGACGUGGACAUGGACGUGGACGUGGACGUGGACAUGGACGUGGACGUGGACAUGGACGUGGACGUGGACAUGGACGUGGACGUGGACGUGGACGUGGACGUGGACAUGGACGUGGACGUGGACGUGGACAUGGACGUGGACAUGGACGUGGACAUGGACGUGGACGUGGACAUGGACGUGGACGUGGACAUGGACGUGGACGUGGACGUGGACGUGGAAAUGGACGUGGACGUGGACGUGGACGUGGACGUGGACGUGGACGUGGACGUGGACAUGGACGUGGACGUGGACAUGGACGUGGAGGUGGACGUGGACGUGGACGUGGACGUGGACGUGGACAUGGACGUGGACGUGGACGUGGACAUGGACGUGGACGUGGACGUGGACAUGGACGUGGACGUGGACAUGGACGUGGACGUGGACAUGGACGUGGACGUGGACGUGGACGUGGACGUGGACGUGGACGUGGACAUGGACGUGGACGUGGACGUGGACGUGGACGUGGACAUGGACGUGGACGUGGACAUGGACGUGGACGUGGACGUGGACAUGGACAUGGACGUGGACAUGGACGUGGACGUGGACGUGGACAUGGACGUGGACGUGGACGUGGACGUGGACGUGGACGUGGACGUGGACGUGGACGUGGACGUGGACAUGGACGUGGACGUGGACGUGGACGUGGACGUGGACGUGGACGUGGACGUGGACAUGGACGUGGACGUGGACGUGGACGUGGACGUGGACGUGGACAUGGACGUGGACGUGGACGUGGACGUGGACGUGGACGUGGACAUGGACGUGGACGUGGACGUGGACAUGGACGUGGACGUGGACGUGGACAUGGACGUGGACGUGGACAUGGACGUGGACGUGGACAUGGACGUGGACGUGGACGUGGACGUGGACGUGGACGUGGACGUGGACGUGGACGUGGACGGACGUGGACGUGGACGUGGACGUGGACGUGGACGUGGACGUGGACAUGGACGUGGACGUGGACGUGGACAUGGACGUGGACGUGGACGUGGACAUGGACGUGGACGUGGACAUGGACGUGGACGUGGACGUGGACGUGGACGUGGACGUGGACGUGGACGUGGACGUGGACGUGGACGUGGACGUGGACGUGGACGUGGACGGGACGUGGACAUGGACGUGGACGUGGACGUGGACGUGGACGUGGACGUGGACGUGGACGUGGACGUGGACGUGGACGUGGACGUGGACGUGGACGUGGACAUGGACGUGGACAUGGACGUGGACGUGGACAUGGACGUGGACGUGGACAUGGACGUGGACGUGGACGUGGACGUGGACGUGGACGUGGACGUGGACGUGGACGUGGACGUGGACGUGGACGUGGACGUGGACGUGGACGUGGACGUGGACGUGGACGUGGACGUGGACGUUGGACGUGGACGUGGACGUGGACGUGGACGUGGACGUGGACGUGGACGUGGACGUGGACGUGGACGUGGACGUGGACGUGGACGUGGACGUGGACGUGGACAUGGACGUGGACGUGGACAUGGACGUGGACAUGUGGACGUGGACGUGGACGUGGACGUGGACGUGGACGUGGACGUGGACGUGGACGUGGACGUGGACGUGGACAUGGACGUGGACGUGGACGUGGAAAUGGACGUGGACGUGGACGUGGACGUGGACGUGGACGUGGACGUGGACAUGGACGUGGACGUGGACGUGGACGUGGACGUGGACGUGGACGUGGACGUGGACGUGGACGUGGACGUGGACAUGGACGUGGACGUGGACAUGGACGUGGACGUGGACGUGGACGUGGACAUGGACGUGGACGUGGACAUGGACGUGGACGUGGACAUGGACGUGGACGUGGACGUGGACGUGGACGUGGACGUGGACGUGGACAUGGACGUGGACGUGGACGUGGACAUGGACGUGGACGUGGACGUGGACGUGGACGUGGACGUGGACAUGGACGUGGACGUGGACGUGGACGUGGACGUGGACGUGGAACGGGACGUGGACGUGGACGUGGACGUGGACGUGGACGUGGACGUGGACGUGGACGUGGACAUGGACGUGGACGUGGACGUGGACAUGGACGUGGACGUGGACAUGGACGUGGACGUGGAAUGGACGUGGACGUGGACGUGGACAUGGACGUGGACGUGGACGUGGACGUGGACGUGGACAUGGACGUGGACAUGGACGUGGAAUGGACGUGGACGUGGACGUGGACGUGGACGUGGACGUGGAAUGGACGUGGACGUGGACAUGGACGUGGACGUGGACGUGGACGUGGACAUGGACGUGGACGUGGACGUGGACGUGGACGUGGACGUGGACAUGGACGUGGACGUGGACGUGGACGUGGACGUGGACGUGGACGUGGACAUGGACGUGGACGUGGACAUGGACGUGGACAUGGACGUGGACGUGGACAUGGACGUGGACGUGGACGUGGACGUGGACGUGGACGUGGACGUGGACGUGGACGUGGAAAUGGACGUGGACGUGGACUGGGACAUGGACGGACGUGGACAUGGACGUGGACGUGGACAUGGACGUGGACGUGGACGUGGACGUGGACGUGGACAUGGACGUGGACGUGGACGUGGACAUGGACGUGGACAUGGACGUGGACAUGGACGUGGACGUGGACUGGACGUGGACGUGGACAUGGACGUGGACGUGGACGUGGACGUGGAAUGGACGUGGACGUGGACGUGGAAAUGGACGUGGACGUGGACGUGGACGUGGACAUGGACGUGGACGUGGACAUGGACGUGGACGUGGACGUGGACGUGGACGUGGACGUGGACGUGGACAUGGACGUGGACGUGGACGUGGACGUGGACGUGGACGUGGACGUGGACAUGGACGUGGACGUGGACAUGGACGUGGACGUGGACGUGGACGUGGACGUGGACGUGGACGUGGACGUGGACGUGGACAUGGACGUGGACGUGGACGUGGACGUGGACGUGGACAUGGACAUGGACGUGGACGUGGACGUGGACGUGGACGUGGACGUGGACGUGGACGUGGACGUGGACAUGGACAUGGACGUGGACGUGGACGUGGACGUGGACGUGGACGUGGACAUGGACGUGGACGUGGACGUGGACGUGGAUGGAAAUGGACGUGGACAUGGACGUGGACGUGGACGUGGACGUGGACGUGGACGUGGACGUGGACAUGGACGUGGACGACGUGGACGUGGACGUGGACGUGGACGUGGACAUGGACGUGGACGUGGACAUGGACGUGGACGUGGACGUGGACGUGGACGUGGACGUGGACAUGGACGUGGACGUGGACGUGGACGUGGACAUGGACGUGGACGUGGACAUGGACGUGGACGUGGACGUGGACAUGGACGUGGACGUGGACGUGGACGUGGACGUGGACGUGGACGUGGACGUGGACGUGGUGGAGGACGUGGACGUGGACGUGGACUGGACGUGGACGUGGACGUGGACGUGGACGUGGACGUGGACGUGGACGUGGACGUGGACGUGGACGUGA